AUGAACCUAGAAAAUGACACUUCUAACUCCACUUGUAGUACCCAAAUAUUGAAUAAAAAUCUCAAGGGCGACAAGUUUGUCCGACCUCAUAUUCCUAUUAAAACACAUUUGCUCAAUCUUUACAAUGAGGCAAAAGUCCAUGCAGUCUCAUUAGAUUACGAAUAUAAUUCUACUUCUAAGAAAUUGGUUUUGGAGCGAAUGCAAUGUAACAAUGGCCUUGUAGCUGCUAUCCUUCAAGCAUACAACGGCCAUCAACAUUUACGACUUAUCCCCGACGAUAUCUGGUUUACAAUCGCUCAAGGUGUUAGCCAUCAUAUUAACCUCAACGCUGACACAUAUAAAGAUCGAUUUGUGAAAAGGAAAUCAAUUGUCAUCUAUAACGAAUGCAUUUUGAGUAUUGACCCAAAAACAAAGUGUCUUGUGGGAGAUUGGCCAGAAUGUAUUCGGCAACUUCUUGAAGCAGCCGACAAACAAAUAAAAAAAGUUGAACUGCAAUCAUCAUUAGAAUGCGAUUUUUCUACCAGCUCUCAAAAUACUAUCAUCCCAAGUAGAGUUGUUCUGUUGGAUACUUUCAAGAGGUGCAGUUCUUUCCAAUUUAAUGUCUUUUGCGGAAUUCCUAAAGUUACUUUGGAAGGAACAUUGAAUGAUUGGAUAAGUAUCAAAGAGAAAUUAGUUCAACUCCGACAAUUUUUCCCUGAUUUGGAAUUUUGGCUUGAUCCUCUUGAACAU